UGCAGCAGCGCGGCGACGACGCACCAGCCUCAUUCACGUGGAUGGUGGAGUUGCGCGCACACGGAACCAAUUAUUACAUAUAUAUAUAUAUAUAUAUAUUUAUUUUUUCCCGGCAGGUGGAGAAAAAGGACGCCAUUCCUCCUCGGACGCCCGCUGUGAAUUAAUAACCAGAAAAAAAAGAAAAAAAAACAUUUUAUUUUUUUUAUUUAUUUUUUUAUUUUUUUGGACCUGGAUUAUGUUCGCGCGAGGGAGCGCGUGCGCGUGCCCGAGGAGGUGCACCUAGAGCGCGCGUGGACGUGGGGUCGGGGGACGAGACGCGCUCCGAGGGCGGGCUCCGUGUGGCCGCUGCAUGCCGGGCACAUGUGGAAGUUUGCGCCGCUCUAAGCGCCGCCUCACGGCCGCCUCUCGCCGCCUCCCUCCUGGGGGAGCCGACUCGCACCGAGCCCGGACCCAAAGGUGAAUCCUCCGGGUGAAACUGCAACACGUGCAAGGAGGACGACGACGACCUCCACGCUGAGUUCCGUGACCACUUUACUGGAUUUUUUUUUUAAUUUUUUGGUGUGUAAUUCUUGAAACACUUGCCGCAAUGCUGGGAGCCCUCAACCCCGCGGGCCACGCUCCAUCUCCGGCCCGGGCGUCGGAGCUGCUGCUGGCCGUGCUGGUGCUCGCCUUGUGCGGGGGAGAAGCCGCCGGACAACCGUGCCCGACCCAGUGCUCCUGCACCGGGACUACGGUGGACUGUCACGGCCAAGGGCUGCGCAGUGUGCCCCGGAAUAUACCUCGCAACGCGGAGAGACUGGAUCUGAAUGCAAACAACCUGACUAAAAUCACCAAGACGGAUUUUGCAGGAUUGAGACACCUGCGAGUUCUGCAGCUGAUGGAGAACAAAAUUGCCGCCAUCGAGCGAGGAGCCUUCCAGGACCUGAAGGAGCUGGAGAGACUGCGCCUGAAUCGGAAUAACCUGGCCGUCUUUCCCGAGUUGCUCUUCCUGGGAACCACUAAGCUUCACCGACUUGAUCUCAGCGAGAACCAGAUUCAAGGGGUGCCUAGGAAAGCCUUCAGGGGAGCUGUGGAAAUCAAGAACCUCCAGCUGGACUACAACCACAUCAGCUGUAUUGAAGACGGAGCAUUCCGAGCAUUACGCGACCUGGAAGUACUCACACUGAACAACAACAACGUCAGUCGCCUGUCAGUCGCCAGCUUCAACCACAUGCCCAAGCUCAGGACCUUCCGGCUGCACUCCAACAACCUGCAGUGUGAUUGUCACGUGGCCUGGCUGUCUGAGUGGCUGAGACAGCGCCCCCGCCUGGGCCUCUACACUCAGUGCAUGUCACCCCCACACCUGAGGGGACACAACGUGGCGGAGGUGCAGAAGAAGGAGUUUGUCUGCACAGGUUACCAGACGUCGUCUUCGUCCUGCAGCGUCUUGCAGUGCCCGGAGUCGUGCACCUGCAGCAACAACAUCGUGGACUGCCGAGGCAAAGGUCUGACGGAAAUACCCACCAACCUCCCGGAGACCAUCACUGAAAUCCGACUGGAGCAGAACGCCAUCAAGGUGAUACCCACGGGCGCCUUCUCGCCGUACAAGAAACUGCGAAGAAUAGACCUGAGUAACAAUCAGAUAUCGGAGUUGGCGUCCGACGCUUUCCAAGGCCUGCGGUCCCUCAACUCUCUAGUCCUGUACGGGAAUAAAAUAACGGAGAUCUCCAAGGGGCUGUUGGAGGGACUCUUUUCUCUGCAGCUGUUGUUGCUGAAUGCUAACAAGAUAGCGUGCCUGAGGGUGGAUGCCUUCCAGGACCUUCACAACCUCAACCUGCUGUCCCUGUAUGACAACAAGCUGCAGACCAUCGCCAAGGGGACCUUCUCCUCCCUGAGGGCCAUACAGACUCUGCACUUGGCCCAGAACCCGUUCAUCUGCGACUGCCACCUGAAGUGGCUGGCAGACUACCUGCAGGACAACCCCAUCGAGACGAGCGGCGCCCGCUGCACCAGCCCUCGCCGUCUCGCCAACAAGCGAAUCGGACAAAUCAAAAGCAAGAAGUUCCGCUGUUCAGCUAGAGAACAGUAUUUCAUCCCAGGUGCUGAGGAUUACCGCAGCAAGCUGGGAGGAGACUGUUUCGCAGACCUGGCCUGCCCUGAGAAGUGCCGGUGUGAGGGCACCACGGUGGACUGCUCCAACCAGAAACUCAGCAAGAUACCAGACCACCUCCCUCAGUACACCGCAGAACUGCGUCUGAACAACAACGAGUUCACCGUGCUGGAGGCCACGGGGAUCUUCAAGAAGUUGCCCCAGCUGCGGAAGAUAAACCUGAGUAACAACCGCAUCACUGACAUCGAGGAGGGGACUUUUGAAGGCGCUUCAGGGGUCAAUGAGCUGAUUCUGACCUCCAACAGACUGGAGAACGUGCAUCACCGCAUGCUGAAGGGACUCAGCGGCCUGCGCACUCUCAUGCUCCGUAGCAACCGCAUCAGCUGCGUGAGCAACAGCAGCUUCGUGGGUCUGAGUUCGGUGCGCCUGCUGUCCCUCUACGACAACCAGAUCACCUCCAUGAACCCUGGGGCCUUCGACACCCUGCACUCCCUCUCCACACUGAACCUGCUGGCCAAUCCCUUCAACUGCAACUGUCACCUGGCCUGGCUGGGCGACUGGCUGAGGAGGAAACGCAUCGUGACAGGAAACCCUCGCUGCCAGAGUCCAUACUUCCUCAAGGAGAUCCCCAUCCAGGACGUGGCUGUCCAGGACUUUGCCUGCGAAGAAGGUGAUGGCGACAGCAGCUGUUCGCCGGUGCUGAGGUGUCCGCCGGAGUGUUCCUGCCUGGACACGGUGGUGCGCUGCAGCAACAAAGGUCUCAGCACGCUGCCCAAGGGCCUGCCUGUGGAAACCACCGAGCUGUAUCUGGAUGGGAACCACUUCACUCAGGUUCCCGUGGAGCUCUCCGACUACAAACACUUGACGCUCAUUGAUUUGAGUAACAACCAGAUCAGCACCUUGUCCAACCACAGCCUGAGUAACAUGUCCGAGCUGCUUACCUUCAUCCUGAGCUACAACCGCCUGCGCUGCAUACCGGUGAGGGCGUUCGACGGACUCAAGUCUCUCCGCUUGCUGUCUCUUCACGGCAACGAUAUAUCGCUGAUACCAGAAGGAGCUUUUAAAGACCUGUCGUCACUUUCCCACUUGGCUCUGGGCGCCAACCCCCUGCACUGUGACUGCCACAUGCAGUGGUUGUCCGACUGGGUGAAGAGCGGCUACAAGGAGCCCGGCAUCGCCCGCUGCGCCGGGCCCGGCGACAUGACCGACAAACUGCUGCUCACCACGCCCUCCAAGAAGUUCACCUGCACAGAAGUCCCGGGGCCGUGUGGUUUUCCGGUGCCAGGGCCGGUGGAGCUUAGCAUCCAGGCCAAAUGUGAGCCCUGCCUGUCCAACCCUUGCAAGAACGACGGCACGUGCUUCAACGACCCCGUGCACUACUACCGCUGCACUUGCCCCUACGGCUUUAAGGGCCACGACUGCCAGGAGCCCAUCCACGCCUGCAUCAGCAAUCCCUGUCACAACGCAGGAACUUGUCAUCUCAAGGAAGGCGAAGGGAGUAAUUUUUGGUGCGUGUGUCCUGAGGGCUUCGAGGGCGACGCCUGCGAGGUCAAUGUGGACGACUGCGAGGACAACGACUGUGAGAACAACUCCACCUGCGUGGACGGCGUCAACAACUACACCUGCAUGUGCUCACCUGAGUACACAGCCGCUACCAAUGAGGUGGAGAGAGGGGAGCUUUGCGAGGAGAAACUGGAUUUCUGCGCUCCGGAAUUGAACCCGUGUCAGCACGACUCAAAGUGCAUUCUCACCCCUCAGGGAUACAAGUGUGAGUGCACCCCGGGGUACGUGGGCGAGCACUGCGAGACGGAUCGUAACGACUGCGAUGAGAACAAGUGUGAGAAUGGCGCCCAGUGCAUCGACGCCGUCGACGGAUACACCUGUGUGUGUCCGGAGGGGUACAGCGGGCUGUUCUGCGACGUGCCCCCCCCCAUGGUCCUCCCCCGCACCAGCCCCUGCGACAACCACGACUGCCUCAACGGGGCGCAGUGCGUCGUCGUGGCGACCAGCGAGCCCCGCUGCCAGUGUCUCCAAGGCUACGAGGGCGGGCGCUGCCAGACCCUGGUCAGCGUCAACUUCGUGGACCGCCGGUCUUACCUGGAGCUCCCCGCCGACCUGCUCUCCCCGCAGACCAACAUCAGCCUGCAGAUCGCCACGGACGAGGACAGCGGCGUGCUGUUGUACAAGGGCGACAACGACCACAUCGCCAUGGAGCUCUACCGGGGACGGCUCCGGGUCAGCUACGACGCCGGGUCCUACCCGCCGUCCGCCAUAUACAGCGUGGAGACGGUGAACGACGGCACUUUCCACGCGGUGGAGUUGGUGGCGUCGGAGCAGACUUUGUCGCUGUCCAUCGACGGCGGGGCGCCAAAGUCCAUCAACUCCCUCAGCAAACAGUCCACGCUCAGCAUCGACUCGCCCUUCUACCUGGGAGGUAUGCCCGAGCGAGCGCCAACGUCCGGGGGCGUGUCGGCCUUGCAGCACAGCUCCGGCGGACCAAACGGGUCCAGCUUCCACGGCUGCCUGCGGAACUUGUACAUCAACGGGAAGCUGCAGGACCUGGGGGCGGGGCUAGGGGCGGCGGCGGCGGCGGAGAGCGGCGCUCAACAGCGGCCGGGCCGAGGGGUGGAGCCGGGCUGCCAGCCCUGCCAGAGAGGCGCCUGCAUCCAAGGGGACUGUCACCCCACCGGGCAUCGGGGCUUCACCUGCACCUGUCACCCGGGGUGGGCGGGGCCUGUCUGUGACCAGCAGGUCAACAACCCGUGUGACGGCAACAAGUGUAUCCACGGCACCUGCCUGCCCAUCAACUCCUACUCCUACUCAUGCCGCUGCCAGCCGGGCUUCAGCGGCGUGCUGUGUGACGAGCGCGACCAGGAGGCGACCAACCCCUGCAGCCCGUCUCGCUGCAGACACGGCAGGUGCAGGGUGUCGGGUCUGGGCAAGGCGUACUGCGAGUGUAGCGGGGGGUACACCGGAGAGGCCUGCGACAAAGAGGUGGCCUGCAGAGGGGAACGGGUCCGAGAUGUCUACCAGAGCCAGCAAGGCUACGCGGCGUGCCAAACCCAGGAGAAGGUCUCCCGUCUAGUGUGCCGGGGCAGCUGCCUGGGGGGCUCGGAGGCCUGCUGCACCCCCCUCCGCAGCAAGCGCAGGAAAUACACCUUCCAGUGCACCGACGGCAGCUCCUUCGUCCGGGAGGUGGAGAAGGUGGUGAAGUGCGGCUGUACAAAGUGUCCGUCGUAGAAAAAGAAAACACAAAAAAAAGACUUUCUCCUUGCAAGAUAUGUUUUGUGUGCCCCCCCCCCCCCUCCCUUCUUUUCACGCCCUGACACAAAUCCUUCCAAGUUUGUUUUUUAAAGAAGAAAAAGAAACACGGGAGUUUCUUUCCUGGAGUUGAGUGCUGGACUGACCAUCCAUGCUUCCUCGGCGGGGAUGUGGAAUUGUAAAGACUUCUUUUUUAUUACCGAGUGGAGAAAAAGACAAAAAAAACUUUUUCCUCGUAUCUUUUUCUCCGAUGUCUCUUCCCCGGACGUCCCUUCUCCGUGUCGUACGAGUAACUUUCAACGGUAGUAGCACACACUCGCCACUAGGAGGCGCUGCCGGGAGACCAUCUUCUUGUUCGCUGACUCAGCGAUUGAACGACGCACUCGUGGAGCGAAAAUACUGACAAAACUCCACAAGCACGCAGAAAUGUUUUUACUUACCACCAAAUAUUCGCAAGUACGGAUAAAAAAUGUUCUCAGUAAAAAAUAAUUUGCAAGUAUAGAAAAUGUUCAAUUCAAGUAUUUGCAACUAUAAAAACAUUUUUUUCAAUAAAAAACGAUUCGCAGAUAUGAAAAAUCCAAUUAAAAAAAAAAUUGGCAAGUGUAAAAACAAUUUUCUUUCGUUGAAAUAUGGUUUUCCAAGAAUAAAAACAAUUGUCUUCAGUAAAAAAAAAAUAUUCGCACUUAUAAAAACAAUUUUCUUUAGUUAAAAAAAUAUUUGAAAGUAUAAAAGCAUAUUUGCAACUAUAUAAAAAAAAAAAAAACGAUUCUCAAGUGUAAAAACAUUUUUUGGGUAAGAAUAAAAACUUUUUUCUUCAAUGGAAAAAAUGUGUUGAAAAAAAAUAUCCUCAAUUACAAAAACUAUUUUCUUGAAUUAAAAAUACUAAUUUUAAGUAUGAAUUAAUUUUUUCCUUCAAAUUAAAAAUAUUUGCAAAUAUUAAAAAUAGUUUCAAAUAAAAAAACAUUUGUAAUUAUAAAAACUACUUGUUUACACAUUGCAAGUAUGGAUAGUAUUUUUUUCAAAUACAUUUUCAAGUAUAAGAAAAUGUUUCAAUUUAAAUUAAAAUCUUUUUUUUUAAUUUAGAAAAACGCAUUCCGAGUAUAAAAGCUAUUUUUUUCAGUUGAAAAAACUUUUUUUGCAAAUAUAAAAACAAUUAUAGUCAAUUAAAAAACGAUUUGCAGUUAUAAAAACAAUUAUUUUCAAUAAAAAUAACGAUUUGCAGGUAUAAAAACUAUUUUCUUCAAUUAAAAAAAAAAUUAAAAGCUGUUUUCCUUUUUCUUUUCAUUAUGUAAAGGGAUUUGAUUCACUAGAGAAAAGUGCUAUAAAUAUAAAUCACUUCACUUUGUUCAAUUACAAAAUAUUCGCAUUUAUAAAACAAUUUUCUCUAAGUAAAAUAAUAUUCAAAGGUACAAAAAAAAUUUUAAUUAAAGGAACGAUUUUUAAGUAUAACAAUUUUUUUCUUUAAUAAAAAAUAUUAGCAAAUAUAAAAAAAAGUUAUUUUGUUUACUUACGCUUUCAUUUUCAUUGAAAAUGUCUUGCGAGUCUCAUUUUUAGUUGUAGAAAAAACAUUUUUACUUGCAAAUCUUUUUUUCAUAUUUUUUUGCAAAUCUCAUUUUUAGUUGAAGAAAAAAAAUGUUGUCUUAAAAAAACUUUUUUAAUUGCAAGUAAUUUUUUUAAUUGAAGAAAAAGUGUUUUUUUUUUGCUUAUAAAUCGUGUUUUCAUUUUUAAAAAUAGUUUUGUUUUUGUUUUUUACUUUCGAUUCCGUUUUCGGGCUGUAGCACCCCCCACAACCUUAAAAAGGGACAAGCGGUAGGAAGUGGAUGGAUGGAUGAAAAUGUCUUGGGAAUCUCACUUUUAAUUGAAGAAAAAAAAUUUCUUUACUUGCAAAUAUUUUUUUUUUCAUAAAAUAUAUAUUUUUUACUUGCGAAUCUCAUUUUUAAUUGAAGAAAAAAAAUGUUGUUUUUUUUUUACUUGCAAAUAUUUUUUUUUUUCAUUAAAAAAAAUUUUCACUUACGAAUCUCAUUUUUAGUUGAAGAAAAAAAUGUUUUUUUAUUUGUGAAUCUCAUUUUUAAUUGAGGAGAAUUGUUUUUAUACUUGCGAAUCAUUUUGUUAAUCGAAAAAACUUUUUUUAACUCGCCAAUAUAAUUUUUGAUUGAAGAAAAUAGGGAUUUAUUUGCUUACAAAUCAGUUUUUUUUUUUCAUUCAAAAAAUGAUAUUUUUUUUACUUGCCAAUCGUUUUGUUUGUUUUUAUUGAAAAAUUGUUUGUUUUUUGUUGCAAAAUGUUUUUGUUUUGUUUUUUCAUUAAAAAAAUGUUUUUUUAGUGGCAAAUCUCACUUUUAAUUGAAGAAAAAAUGUUUUUGUUUUUGCUUAUAAAUCGUGUUUUCAUUUUUAAAAAUAGUUUUUUUGUUUUUUUUUACUUUCGAUUCCGUUUUCGGGCUGUAGCACCCCCCACAACCUUAAUAAGGGACAAGCGGUAGAAAGUGGAUGGAUGGAUGAAAAUGUCUUGGGAAUCUCAUUUUUAAUUUAAGAAAAAAAAAAUUAUUUUACUUGCAAAUCUUUUUUUUUUCUUAAAAUAUAUUUUUUUUACUUGCCAAUCUCAUUUUUAAUUGAAGAAAAAAAAUGUGUUUUUUUACUUGCAAAUCUUUUUUUUUUUCAUUAAAAAAAAUUUCACUUACAAAUCUCAUUUUUAGUUGAAGAAAAAAAAAUAGUUUUUUACUUGUGAAUCUCAUUUUUAAUUGAGGAGAAUUGUUUUUAUACUUGUGAAUCGUUUUAUUAAUCGAAAAAAGUUUUUUUAACUCGCCAAUAUAAUUUUUAAUUGAAGAAAAUAGGGGUUUAUUUGCUUACAAAUCAGUUGGGUUUUUUUUUCAUUAAAAAAAUCAUAUUUUUUGACUUGCCAAUCGUUUUGUUUGUUUUUAUUAAAAAAAAAAAGUUUUUUGUUGCAAAAUGUUUUUCUUUUUUUUCAUUAAAAAAUGUUUUUUUAGUGGCAAAUCCCACUUUUAAUUGAAGAAAAAAUGUUUUUAUACUUGCGAAUUGUUUUCUACCCCAAAGGGAAUAAGCGGUAGAAAAUGGAUGGAUGGAUGGAAGAAAAUAGAUGUGAAUUGUGCUGAAAAACGUGAGCGUCUCUUAGUUUUGUCAGUCUUUUCCCUCCAUGCUCACCUGUACCAGUUCUUCCUCUCCGUUACCUGCCAGGUUCACUACAUACCUGAAUGCUCCCCAGUCACGAGUAUUUAUAAAUACCUGUACUUAUCAAGUAGCUCCGCCCCCCUGAUUCUUUUAAUAUAUAUUAAUUUAUAUUUGUCCUUAUUUUUGUAUUAAAAAGACAUAACCUGUCAAGAUAGCCGAACUAACAAGAUGAUUUUGAGGUGUAUAUUUUUGUCACGUUUGUACUCGAGGUCUGGGCCACAGAGCAGAUGUUGUGUUGCCCUGGACCUCGCCUACAACUCUUUCUACCUUUUUAACAAAUACUGUGACUUUUUCUAAAUGGAACUACUUUGUUAGCCUUUGGUGUUUUAACAUAUUGCUGCUAAGUUUUUGUAUCGUAGACUUGGAUCUUGAUCUGUAUGUUCUCUAGAUUCUCCUGCUCCCACUGUAAGGGGCGCCUUGUGUAACAGAUAAAUAUGUCCCCCACCCCCCAACACACGUGUGCAUCGUGCUUUAUAGAUCCCGUCUCUCUCCGCAGACGAAUGUCAGUUCUUUGGCUGAUGUUUGCUCAUUAAAACCAAUAUUUACCUCA